AUGUUUAGGCAGAGCGAGACGAAGAGGGUUUUGAACAGCCCAUCCAAAGACCCAUGCCGAAAGCGAAGGAGGACUCUCCAAAAUAUCGACCCUAAUAAUCAGAUCUUGGCAUCUUCGAUUCUCGAAUCUCCGCAAUUUUCUGCCAGCUGCAACCUCCAAAGCAACAAGAACAGCCAAAAACCAGCCAUCAACAACACAGAUAGAGUCAACCUGCAACUCCUGCCGCGUCCCCGAACACCAACCCCCUCCCAGACAAGGUCACAGCAAGCAAGCCAAGAAAAUGACCGACCAAUCCAUCAUAAAAAUCCAUCGUCUUUGCUUAAUGUUCAAAACGAAGAGAACAAGCCUGAAGACAAGCUUUCUUUCAUCGCAAGCCCAAGCCAUGUCUUCGACGACAGCCGAAAAGGCUCAAUCACCACUCAAGAUUUUUUAAACGAAGCUACCAAAAUCAUGGACAUAAUACGUGCCAGGGGGAGAAAUAACAAUAACCAUGACAGUCUAUCUAACGUCAAAAAAUCCAACAACCAGCUGACUGAGGCAAGUGAAGCAGACUCCUGCGAUGAUGACGACGAGUCAACGCAAGAGGAAUUUUCAAGACCCGCAAGUCGUGAAGGGGUUGAUCUUCGCAAAUUACGCGAACCUCCACAGCAAAAUCCGCGGAUCGUGAGCCAUUUGAAGAAGUUUGAGGAUGAGGAUGAUUUCGAGCUUUAUAUGGGUGGUUCGGUUAUGUCGUUGCAUCUUCAUAGGGAGCAGAAUGUGGCUACUCAUUCUAUUGAAAGACAGGAAGCUAAUGGUAUUGAAAGUAAUUCGAAGAACAUCAAAAUACGGGAGCGGCCUGCCGUGGUAAAAGUGGGGGGCUCCGCACCCGCUUUACCUGGAUAUUCUAACGGUAGUGGUACGGAUGGCCAGCAGGAGGUAUCAUCCCAGAGAUCAUUGCAGACGUCAUCUUCACGUGGUUCUUCCAGCAGUUCAGGGGCAAAGGGCAUAAUAUCUUCGGAUAUGAUAGCGCACUUAAUCCCUGAGCAGGUUGGGGCGAUGACGUACGAUCGCUCAGCGCACACCUGGGUCAAGGGCGGGGACAUGGCACGUAGCGAAGAAAGACCUGCGUCGAAUUUGGAAGGUGAUAUCAGUGAAGAAGAUCCAUUCAAAAGCAUCCCUGAUCUUAGCGUUGAUGAGUUGCAGGAGCUCAUGGCUGCGCAGACAUUCUCGUCGCCAGCGAAGUCGCAAGGGAAACUGUGUUCCAUGACUGCAGCGUAUGGCGAGCAUGGCAGUCAGAGGGGCCAACACGCUGUUGAGGAGGCGGUUAGGGGGGAAGAACGGAGAGAAAUUCCUGAAUUUAGACCGCUUACCCGCGACGGCCGUUUUGAGACGAGUUCCGUACAAUCGAAAUCUACGAGGUUUACUUCCAGCUGUCCCAAGCUGGACACGGACACGGACACGAGAGCUACGUCUUGGAGUAGUGAGGAGAUGGCAGCAAGCAUGCACGUUCAGCCAGCUUCCGCGGAUUCUGCCAAUUUCUUGAAGCGCGUUGAUGACAUUAAGUGGCAACGCGGUCAGGUUCGGUAUCCGCAGCAGAUGGAUGGUGGCCAAGUUCCUGGCGGCCUUACUAGGCCCAGAGUUGCGACGAUUUCGUUUUCGUCGCCGUUGUUAUCGCAUGUUAUGUACCAGGAGGAUUCGACUAGUCCUGUUGAAUCGGAGCAGCCACCUCUACUUUCAGUUCCGCAACAUGGCAAUAUCAGUGGAUUUCAGAGUCAAUCGGGUACCGUGCCGUGUUCAUAUAUGAAUAGCUCGCCAUUUAGGACUUCUUCGCGGCAUAAUGGCGCGUUUGACAUUCGAGCGUUCAUGGGACGGCCUAUCUCGCGGAUUGAUGAGCAGACUGAGGAUUCAGCUAAUGAAGACAUUCAUGUCGAGAAUCACGGGCUUUCUGUUAUACAGGUCCCCGGUCACGAGGAGCAGUCUAUGGUUUUUCCGGGUUUCCCGGACAUGGAUACUACGUACAGCUUUCAUCUAGCGCCACUACCGGACUUUAGUCUAAAUCAGAUGGAUGAGUCCAUGAGGUUGGAGGUCAGUUAUAUCGCUCAGCGUACUCACCCGUCAUCUCUCAGACAAAUUCACGGGACAUUUGCACUGGCGACUCAGGAUUUGGUAAAGCAUAUCACCGAUACUGAGCCGUACGAACCAUACUGGGAACACCUACGACGCCUCGAUCUUCGAGGUAAAGGCCUCAUAACGCUACAUAGACUUAACGACUUCUGCUCACGGCUUGAGGAACUCGAUGCCUCAGACAAUAAUAUCGGGCAGGUUUCUGGUGUUCCCUCGAGCGUUCGCUCGUUGAAGAUCCCAUGCAACUGUCUGACGAAUUUGACAUCGUGGGGACAUUUGGGUAAUCUGCAGUAUCUGGAUGUAUCUGGGAAUAAGUUGGAGGAUUUGGAUGCGUUUGCGGGACUGGUGCAUUUGAGGAGUUUAAAGGCGGAUGGGAAUCGGAUAAGGAAUAUUAGGGGGGUUAUGAGGUUGAAUGGGUUGUUGACGUUGAAGGUUAGGAGGAAUUUGGUGCGGGAGGUUGAUUUUGGGGAAGGGGAGUUGACGCGUUUGAUAAACCUCGACAUGCGCGAUAAUCGUAUCACGAGUGUACGCAACAUUAGAUUCAUUAAGACUAUCGAAAAGUUGGAUCUUCGGGGUAACCAGAUUCAGCACUUCGAGUCGUCAGAAGUGCUACAUUGCCUACACUCACUUAACUUGUCGAACAAUUACAUAGAAAAAAUAGAUAUUAGGAAUUUUCCUAAUCUCCAUCUUCUCUACGCUGACAAGAAUCAUCUCAGCACGAUUACGGGUCUGGAACAAUGCCAUUAUCUCGACGUCCUUUCUCUUCGCGAACAGUCGCUGCCAUCUUCUUCCCAACAGUCGGACGUUGAUCAGCUACCUGUCAUCGACUUUGAUAUCAGUGCAGCCCUCUCCCUUCGCAAGCUAUAUCUGUCCUCCAACCUCCUCUCGCCCGAUCUCCUUGCCCCACCCGGUGGCUGUCCCAGUCUACAAUUCCUUGACAUCGCCUCGUGUGCCCUGCAAGAAUUACCCAGUCAGUUCGGCACGUGUUUCCCCAACCUACGGGUCCUGAAUCUCAAUUUCAAUGCGCUCGCUGACGUGGGUGAGCUGCUGGGACUCAGGCGGCUUGGACGCGUCUCUUUGAUUGGCAACCGCAUCGCGCGGCUUCGGAGGCUCUGUCAGAUUCUGCGUUCCGUCGGUGGACGGUGCGGUGCGUUGACUGACGUUGAUCUGAGAGGGAACCCUAUUACAUUAGGUUUUUAUCCUGCUCCCGUCACGGGGAGUAGGAGGAUGUGGCGCGAUGAAGCGGGGAGGCUUGUUGGGGCGAAGAAGCACAAGUAUGAACGGGUACAUGUGCAUGGUCAUAGUGGGGGGGAAGGGCAGCUGCAGGUUCGCGGGAGAGAUGGGGAGGAUGAAGAUGAGGGUGAAGAGGAUGUGGGGUUCCUGACCCUGGGCGGUUGUACGGAUAUUGCGCGGAAGGGAUUUCGCGAGUCGCGGGUGGCUGAUGAUGCAGAUAGUGUUGGUGGUGAGGAAGUAGAGAUUGACAUUGACGACCAGUACACUGUGCCGCCAGCGAACAUCAUUGCGGAUCGAAAGUAUGUCAUGCACCUUGAUGAGGCGACGAGGUUGCGGCGGCGGGUUGUGGAGCUUAUGGUGCAGGCGGCUGCGGCGGGGAGGUUGAAGGUUUUUAAUGGGUUACCUGUUUGUGGCGGGGAUGACGGGGAUGGGGAUAGAGGGAGGAGUGGGUGUGUGAGGAAGGAUGAGGUGUGGAGGAGGCUGGAGGAGUUGGGGGUUUUGAAGAAGAGGAAGACGGUGCAGGUGGAGGUGUGA